AUGUUACCUGAGAUUGAAACAUUGUUCGCUAAUGAAUGCGGCAGCAUGGCAAUAAGGGACGAAGCGAUUGGAAUCUUGGCAAGGUUGAGGGAAGCAAUCAGAAGUGUUUUCGCCGAUUUGGAGACUCUGAUAUGCAAGAACGAAAAUUCAAUUGGGAUUGUUAAUGGUGGAGGGAUUCAUCCAAUCACUUAUUAUGUAAUGAACUACCUUGGUGCUGCCUGUAAAUCUUUGAUGACAUUGGAGCAGAGUUUGAAGGCCAAAUCAAAAGAAAUGUACAAGGAUUCAACUUUAGGGUUAGUUUUCUUGAUGAACAAUUACACCUACAUGGUUAACUGUGUGAAACAUAGUAAACUAGGAGAGUUGUUAGGUGAAAAUUGGAUCAAGAAUCACAUUGUAGCAAAAUUUCGCCAAUGUUUUAAAAUUUACAAAGCAAAUUCAUGGGAUCAAGUAUUCAAAGGGAAGCUUAUUAGUGAGUUUGUGUUGAAGUUUGUGGAGAUAUGUGAUGUGCAAUCAAGUUGGAUUAUCUUUGAUGAUCACCUAAGAAGGAAAAUUAGAAAUAACUUGAAAGAAACAUUGUUGGCAAGGUUCAAAAGUGUUAUGGAAGGGUCACAAGAACACAUUAAUAUUUGUGGUGACUUUGGGUUUGGGGUCAGAGAUAUUGUGGCUGGAAUAGACAAGAUGUUUAAGGGAAGAGAUGAGCUCAAAAAUCACAGGUAA